AUUUACCUUACGGGUCAUGCUGGCCAAAGCUUCUGUGCUUUUCUUGUCCACGGAGUUAGUGUCCGUCUUGAUGGCGAUAGUAACGACUACGUAUGUAAAGGAUUAUCGGGUGGUCGGGUAACAGUAGUCCCUCCUGUAGACCUGCUGGCUAGUGGCUUCAUCUCAGAAGCAAAUAUAGUGGUAGGCAAUGCUUGUCUUUAUGGUGCUAUUUCAGGCACCCUUUUUAUCCGCGGCCAGGCCGCCGAGCGAUUUUGUGUUCGAAAUUCUGGUGCAAUGGCUGUCGUCGAGGGAAUCGGAGAUCAUGGUUGUGAGUAUAUGACUGGUGGGCGCGUUGUUAUUCUCGGCCAGACGGGCAACAAUUUUGCUGCCGGUAUGUCCGGAGGUCUUGCCUUCAUAUACGAUGAUCCUGAACCCACAGCAACACCUUUUCAUGUCAGAUGCAAUAAGGACCUUGUCGAUGUUGUCCAGCUGUCAGAGGAAUCUGAUGUCAAUGCCAUUUGGCUCAAAGAGAUAAUCAAAGAGUUCGUCAGUGAAACCGAUUCUCAGGUGAGGAAAUUUAAUCUAAUUUGCUUAUCAGAUGUACUUUAG